GCCAGUCACCACUCGUCCCAGCGGCAUGGAUCCAACAACAACGCUCUUUACCUUUAUGCUGUGAGUUCUGUUCUGCUUGAACACACUCAGUGUCUCUCGUUGUAUAUUUGCGCGGACGUUCCGCUUGUCAUUCCUUUUCUCAGUCUGGUCCUGCGCUUGUGGCUCUGGGUGUCAUAUAUAACCACUCUCUUUCGGACAUACCCCAUCGCUCUCUAUUUCUUGAACAUAGAGCUUCCACGUCUUCUUGCUCUCGACCCGCCAGGCCCUUUGUCUGAGGCCGGCUGUUUCAUAUUCGAGCUGUCAAAAGGGUCUCACUCGAAUCGUCGUGACAAACCGAUCCUUCGGUCAAAGCUGUCCAUCUCAUUGGGUCCUGGGACAACUUCACAAGGGCCUACUCAAUGGAAAGAGAUAGUCGGCGAGACCGUGGCGCAUGGAAGGGUUGUUACAACUUCAAAGAGAUCACAUGCGAGGGGGAUGCGGGUAGCGUUCCAAAGCGCAACGGGGGCCUCAAGAUGGGCCACGCCUAUUACUACUAUUACGAACUGGAUGGCGCCUCAGAGACCCACGAUCCUUUUCAGCCGACGACCACCACUUGCCCGUACCUUCCCGGCCAGACGGUCAACGCGCUCUGGAUUCCGGUCGAGCAAUCGGGCAGGAAGCGGAGUGCUUCAUUGACGUCGCUCCGCGAAGAGGACUUCAAGACGAUGGAUCCGGCAAGCAAGUUUGUCUCUCCGAGGCCGGCGCCGAGCCCUCCCGAACCGGCCCGCCGCGUCGGAACAGCGCCGCUACGCAUGCAGCAACCGAAGCGUCCGUCCAGGUCGCCGUCUCCGGGCUCCCGCUGGAUGUUCUCGCCGCGGAAGCUCUUCAGCCGCAAGUCGAGCUGCUCAUCGCUGAAAGAGGCGCCGAGCCAGACUCUGCGGGCAGAAGAUGAGCGGAACCUCAGGUCUGAAGGCAGCCGCUCAAGGGACAUCUCCCCUGAGUCGCUUCGGAAGUUCUUGGUCGACGACGCUCCGCUCGACCACGAAACCGACGAAGAGAACAGGCCGGCACUUGACAUCCCGGAGGACAUUGUCGAGGAGAAUGAGGACGACGACAACUUCGCCACAUCGGCCGUCUCGGAAACGGGACAGUUCACUGGCCUGUCUCCCCCGCCCCAGCGCGCCCUUUCCCCCGCGACAGCAGUGCCGUCCGCCACCGACUCUGCGGCUCGCAAGAGCUCACCCCUGUUCAUCCCCGCAGCCCCGACUCGCCCACCACCACGGGCGCCGACUCUCAAGAUCCCGACAUCCACUCGCAACUCCCAGUCAGACUUCCCCAUCUCUGCCCUCCGCUCCCAAGCCUCCCCGCAAUCCCCCGACUCCGCCUCUCUGCCGGGAUUCGACCUCUCCGAAGACGAGGACGACGACGAGCCGUUCUCCGGAGUCGACAUCGACGAGGAGGACGAUGCCCUCCCUAUCCCAGGGACCGCCUCAUCCGCACUCGACCGACCGAUGAUGAUGGCCAAGAACCCGUUCGCACGGAACCUCGCCGCCACGCUGUCGACGUACAGCCUGCCCCGGACGGCGGGCACGGAAGGGAAGCUGAGCACCCCUGGGGUUGGAGGCCAGCCGGCUGCGCUGAGCGCGGUGGCGGCCGACGAGGGCAAUGCCACGUCGCUGCUUACCGGAUGUGAGAUACCGGACGCCGGGCUGGGGGAUUUGGUUAGUGAGCUUGGGUGGAUGGCGGAUUUCAUCAAAGGGGAAUGUGCCUAAUUUCUUUCAUACUCUCUCUUUUCUCUGUCUAUGGUGGUUUGGCUCUCAAAAGGCGUGCUGGGAGCGGGAUAUUACAGGAUACAAAAUAGAGUACUAGCUUGGAUUGGGAUGGGUCGGCGUGGAUUGCUUUACUUGGCAUAUAUUUAGCGAGCGGGAUCGGAUGGGUUUAUUAGAUACCUUGGGGUCUUUUUCCCUUUUUGUUUCUGGGUUUAUUAUUCUAUCCCAUUGUUCGUUGCUGGGAUACCUUAUACAUACAGUGAAGGAAGAGCACCCCUCAGGGCUACCACAGUAGAU